ACGAGAUAUAGAUGGAUUUUUCCAAUACUGAAAUUCUCCCAAAGUUCUAAUCUAGUUUUCUGCAUUCUUUUUCAAAGAGAAAAUAGAGUCAAGUGUGGUUCUAUCCGGUUCGCUGCGUUUGAUGGGUUUCGGGGUUUGAGGUACCGCUACGCAGAAAAAGGUACGUCCUUUCUAUCCUGGGAGGAAUCAUUCCAUAACCUUGGGUACUAGAGGGGAAUAAUAAUCCUUAAUGAGAGAUAGUAAAUUAUGUCGGCUAGGACGUUUGCAUGUGUCUUUGCAUGUUUUCUUAAUAUUAUGUGUUUGCUUGUGUUGCAAGAAAUAUAGUAUACGUGAACAAUUUCCCCAACAACAUGUACAAAAUUGUAUUGUUAUUUAUAUCCUUUAAUUUUGUGAUAUUUAUUAUAGAUAAAUUAGAUUUCUUUUUGAGGUAGUAUCAUUUUUAUCAUUUGUUUUAUAUAUAAAAAGAUUAAAAAUAUAGUUUAAACAAAGAUAAACACAAAAGUAUCACACAAGUUAUCUCAACGAUCUCAUAUUUUAUCUCAACAAUCUCAUCUAAAAGACAAGAUAUAUAUGUCUCUUCAUACAAUGGAUCUAGGUGUGUUUUAAAACACCAAGAUUCAGUUUUAAUGUGACUGGGGGACUCUGUGGCUUCUUUGCGGCACAACAAGGGGUGAGACGGGGAGACCAUUUGUCUCCAUAUCUAUUUACAAUUGCCAUGGAAGGACUCUCUGGGAUGUUUAAUCUAGCUGCUUACUCUAGUUUUCUUCCUUAUCAUCCGCAAUGCAAAAAGGUGAAACUAACAAGCCUUUGCUUUGCGGAUGACCUACUUAUCUUCACUCAAGGCUCUGCUCAAGCAAUUGGGAGGGUUAAGCAUCGUUUGCAUGAAUUCUAUACCUGGUUUGGGUUAAGGUGCAAUCCUCAGAAAUGCAAAGUUUAUUUUGGAGGAGAGGCACAUCAGUAUAAACAGAAUGCACUAGAUCUGUCUGAGUUUCAGGAAGGCUUCUUGCCAGUUCGUUAUUUGGGAGUGCCAUUAAUCACUGGCAAAUUUACUCAAAAGCAGUGUGAUGUGUUGAUUGAAAGGCUUACUAAGAGGAUCAAAUCUUGGCAAGCAAAAAAAUUAACAUAUGUAGGAAGGCUUCAGCUAGUCACCUCGGUUCUGAUGGGAAUUGUUCAAUAUUGGCUACAGGUGUUCGUCUUCCCAAAGAAAUUCAUUUUGCAGAUUUGGAAAGUGUGCUCAGACUAUUUGUGGCACGGAGCUUAGACGGGCACAUCUAAGGUUGCUUGGGAUCACAUAGCUUGACCUAAGAUUGAAGGGGGACUGGGAAUCAAAAACCUGGUUGUAUGGAAUCAGGCUUGUACAACUAGGCUCAUCUGGCUUAUACUCAAGCUCAGGCCAUUGCUUAGGAUUCAUUUCCAGCAGCAAGAUAGGGAUGUACUCUGGGAUGGGAGAAGUAUUCAACAAUACUCAGUGGCAUUGGUCUGAAACUCACUCAGACCAUUAGCUGCGCAUGUGGAAUGGUACAAAUUGAUGUGGGGGAAGAAUCAUGUUCCUCGGUUUAGCUUUAUUGUCGGGUUGGUUACGAGGAAUGCCAUCACGACAAGAGAUAAACAACUUCAAUGGGGUAGGAUAACGCAAGCCAACUGUCCACUAUGUGAUGGUGGUCUGGAGACUAGCGACCAUCUGUUUUUUCAGUGUUCGUAUUCAGCGCAAAUCGCAGCAUGUGGCAUUGGUCUCAACUGGUUUAACCAUUGCUUUUGGGAUGCAGCUUUGACAGCAGCUUGCAGCAACAAUUCUUCCAAUACUACAGCAGGGCGAGUUCGUGGGAUUGUCUGGAGCCUAGUGAUUGCACAUAUCUGGUACGAGCGGUGUAGACGUUGUAAGGGAGAGCCUGCGUUGACACCAGCUGCGGUGGCGCAGAGAAUCUAUAAAGAGAUCAGCUUCCUGGUGUGUGGAAAGCCGGAGCUGGAAGCAGACUUUGGGGAAGUCAAGUUGUUAAGAGUAUAGUGUAACACUUCAGGCGAAUCCCACAUCGACAAAGCAUGGGAGAGAUCCAUGGUUCAUAAGUAAGAAACCGACCUUAACUGACAAGACGUGAUUUGGGGUGUAAUGGAAAAGAUCUUGUGAGAACUCCGAAGUUAAACGUGGGUGACCUUAUGGGAAGUCACCCUGAAUUGCACUCCAAGUCAAAAUCCGUGAGGGUGUAGAGGCCCAAAGCGGACAGUAUCUUGUCGGGAAAAGGUUCGGGAUGUUACUUAUAGACUGUAAUCGUCACUUGCUUUUACUGCUGUUGAUAACUGUUGGGUAUGAAUAGCUUUGAACGCUAUAUUGAAUUAAUUAUCCAAUAUUCUUUCUAGAUACGAAUAUAAGACGGAUAAUUAAUAAAAGCAAUAUUCUGGA